AUGACCAGGGAUUCGUUAUUACCAUUCAGAAAGCUCCUGCGAACCGGACAGACGUUAGGUUCGCACAGGAGAUUAUCGGAGCACUGCGUGAUAGAGAGAGAACUGGGCCCUGAUUCCGAUGAAUGUGUCAUCACGAGGCGCAACGGCGAGAAGUUCAGGUGUCCCGGAUUGGAUCUGGAUGAGGAUGAGAGGAAUCCGUUUGCGAACAGUGACGGGUUCUUCCCGCUCCUUGCCACUCUUCUCGGCUAUCCUUUUCCUACGAUUGCUCUUCUCACAGGAAAUAUCUUUGGCGGCGUGUGCGCCUUCUCAUUGGCUCACAACUAUCGGAUUGAAUCGGGUACCUGGAUCAAGCCCCAUCCGCAGGUUGUUGCCCGAAAGAUGCGCCUAGAGGCUCACCGCUGGACCGGAAAAGAGGCGCUGAAGGACGGAAUCGUCGACGAGAUUGCGGAGCCGACUGAGAUGCUGAAUGCAGCGUUGAGGACGGUGAACCAGAUUCAGUGAAGGGCGGAAAUGGGCGUGUACUCGCUGGUGAGUGAUAGUCUGUGAGGUGAGGCAGCCGAGAAGAUCAGGAGCAUCUUCUAUGUCCACGGACGUAUGGUGACUGCGCCUGCGAAAGCGAAGAUUGGGGAUUCAAUGGAUGCAUCCAAAGAGCGUGUGUGUCGUGACAAGGAUGCGGCAUGUUUCCUGGAAGCAUGUCAUGGACAACUUCGAAAGUAUCCGCGACCCAGCUGGAUGGUCUGAGAGCAGGUAGGGUGUACGCAAACGUCCGGGCCAGAUCUUCAUGUUGUGUAAGCGGCGAAGGCUCAACAAAUCCAUAUGUUGCUACCAGUCCAUGCCGCUCACAAUAUAGAUAUCAGGACGCAUAUCUCUCCCUUAGAACUCAGUACAUCACACAUUCUUCUCCCACUUCUGAACAAUGGAGAUCGGCC